AUGGCGCGUGGUUCGAAUGCGAAAAGGAGACGUCUGAGCCCUCCUGCUGGUGAUGAUGGCGCUGCCUCUCGCAGCAAGGACAAUUCCCACAACCGCGACGACGAAUGGGAUGUCGAAAUGGACUACGAACGCCGCCCGCGAAAAGGGAACAAGAAAGCCAACGAGCACACCCGAUUGCCAAUUAAGACCUCGGAGGGAUUUGUCGAAGCCUUCAAAGAGCCUCAAGUAGCUGAAGAUGCAGCGGAAGAAACCGACAGCUUCCUGGGCACAGACGAUGACGGGGAAAACGAAGAUUCCGACGAUGGCGAGGAGAUAGUCGAAGAGAAGAAGCCCAAAAUCCCGGUCAAGGUGCAGAUUAUGCAGGCCAAAGAGGAUCUUGCCCGAAUCGCUACACUGAUCAAUGAGGACCCCGAAGAACACAUCGCCCUGUUCAAGACAAUGGCUGAGAUGGUGGAGAAGAAAGACUCGGCGAUCACCGUUAAGAAACUCGCUCUGGCGGCUCAGGCUGCAAUCUUCAAGGAUGUCAUUCCCGGUUACCGAAUCCGCCCUCUUAGUGAAGAGGACAAAACCGCGAAGGUCUCAAAGGAAGUGCGAAAGUUGCGCGAUUUCGAACAAUCUCUUGUGUCCAGUUAUCGAAACUACGUCCAUAAGCUGUCUACCAUCACCAAGCCUGGCAGAUUUGUCUACGUCGAUCCUGGUCUGAAGAGCAUCGCCAUCAAUUGCGCCUGCACCAUGCUUCAAUCUGUGCCGCACUUCAACUUCCGCAAUGACCUGCUCAAGAUCGUUGUGAACCGCCUCGCGAAGAAGUUGGUCGAUGCGGACCAACUUAAGUGUCGCGAGACUAUGGAGGAUAUUUUUGCGAAGGACAAUGAUGGUGUCGUUUCCCUUGAAGCUGUCCGAUUGCUCGCAAAGAUGAUGAAAGCUAGAGACUUCAACAUCAACGAGAGUGUAUUGGAUACUUUCCUUCAUCUGCGUCUACUUGGCGAGUUCAAUAUGAAGGCUUCCCGAGACCGGGUGGACCGGGAACCUGAGGACGAUCAGCCCCAUGGCAAAAAGCAGAAGCAGAAGCGGGAGUUCCGCACAAAGCGUGAGCGCAAGGUGCAGAAGGAGCGCAAGAUUGUCGAGAAGGAUAUGAAGCAGGCAGAUGCAAUUGUGUCUCAUGAAGAGCGGGACAAGAACCAGGCAGAGACUCUGAAGCUCGUCUUUGGUAUCUACUUCCGCAUUCUCAAGGCGCGCAUUCCCCACCUGAUGGGACCUGUUCUUGAAGGUCUGGCCAAGUAUGCCCGCCUGAUCAACCAGGACUUCUUCGGUGAUCUGCUGGAAGCCAUGAAGGAUCUUAUCGGCCAUGCCGAGCGUGAUGAACUUGGUGAAGAUGCCGAAGACCAAGGAGAAGAAGACGAGAACGAAGACGAAGAGCGUGCUCCUGCAUCGGAGAGCAAGGCUCGCGAUGCGCGUCGUGAGACUCUGCUGUGCACGGUGACUGCCUUUGCCCUGCUGGAAGGACAGGACACCAGUAAGGCUGCAACAACCCUCCACCUCGACCUCAGCUUCUUCAUCAAACACCUCUACCGAUCCCUUUACUCGCUAUCUAUCAACCCCGACGUCGAGUUUAACCCCAACACAUCUCUGCGCCUCCCAGACCCCAAUGCCCGCGGAGAAGAUGCCCAGUCUCGCAUGCGAUCAAGAAACAAGGUCAACUUCCAGACCCCAAUGGUCUUGCUCCUCCGUUGCCUCCAAUCGUCCCUUCUCUCGCGAGCACACGGUAUGCCACCGCCCAUCCGCCUGGCCAGCUUCGCCAAGCGUCUGAUGACAACCUCGCUCCAACUGCCCGAGAAAUCCGCCAUCGCGACCCUGUCGCUGAUGAAUCAGCUCGCAAAGCACAAUCAACGCCGCAUCUCGUCGCUGUGGCACAGUGAUGAACGCAAAGGCGACGGCGUGUUCAACGCGUAUGCAAACGACAUCGAGAGCACGAACGUCUUUGCAGGCUCAGUGUGGGAAGGCGAGCUGCUGCGCAUGCAUUACUGCCCUCAAGUGCGGGAUUCGGCCAUUGAGAUUGAGAAGUUGGUGAACGAUUCGAAGUAA